AUGACCCCCAUCUGUGACCCGUCUGUGAUCCUCAGUGACCCGUCUGGAUGGACCCCUCUCUCUGUGGUGUUUCCCAAGAUGAGUAAGCCCAUCUUCAGAUGCCUGUCCAUGAUGAGUACAAGCUCCUCCAAGGAAGCCCGUGCUCCUCUAAUUAUCCCAGCAAUGGUCCCGUUCAAGAGCACUUUGUAUUAG